CUGUCAGUUGUGCAUAUAUUGGCAAAGAAGACUAUUUGCCGGAGCUAAAAGGACAGAGUAUCUCGAUAUUGUUUGAGAGAACAGAGAAGAAGAAUGUCUACGGUGACUAUACCUCCGGUGCUAACUUCGCCUCGUGAUGAUGCUAUGCACCUCUACCGUGCUUUCAAAGGAUUUGGCUGUGAUACUGAAGCAAUUAUCAAUAUUCUUGCCCAUCGAGAUGCAACCCAGCGUGCUCUUAUUCAACAAGAAUAUAGAGCCAUGUAUUCUGAAGACCUUAACAAACGCUUGUCUUCAGAGCUAAGUAACAAUGUCAAGAAAGCAGUUUUACUCUGGGUGCAUGAUCCAGCAACACGGGAUGCUACGAUAGUAAGGCAGGCAUUAAGUGGUGAUAUUGCUGAUCUUAAAGCUGCUACUGAAGUAAUAUGUUCCCGUACUCCGUCCCAACUUCAACAAUUUAAACAAAUUUAUUUUUCAAGAUUUGGUACUUACCUUGAGCAUGACAUUGAAUAUCAAGCUUCUGGAGAUCACAAAAAGUUACUGCUUGCAUAUCUAAGUACACCACGCCAUGAAGGACCGGAAGUUGAUAAAUUGAUGGUGGAGAAGGAUGCAAAAGCUCUCUUCAAAGCCGGGGAGAAGAAAUUGGGAACUGAUGAGAACACUUUCAUACACAUUUUCAGUGGAAGAAGCAGGGCACAAUUGGUUGCAGUUGAUUCUGCUUACCAUAAUUUUUAUGGAAACUCGUUAAAAAAGGCAGUAAAAAAGGAAACCUCUGGGAACUUUGAGUUUGCCCUUCUGACUAUCUUACAAUGUGCUCACAAUCCAGGAAAGUACUUCGCAAAGGUUUUACACAAUGCAAUGAAGGGUUUUGGAACAAAUGACACUACACUUAUAAGGAUAGUUGUAACAAGGGCUGAGAUCGACAUGCAGUAUAUAAAGGCAGAGUACCAGAAGAAAUAUGGAAAAACUUUGAAUGAUGCUGUUCACUCAGAGACAUCAGGCCAUUACAGGGCCUUUCUUCUUUCUCUUUUAGGCCCCAGCCAUUAGACUAGAUAUCACUCUCAGGUUUGUGUGAAGUAGGACAUGAAGUAUGAACUAUCCAUUUCCUAAGUACAAUUUGUUUGGCAGUUUGUGAACCUGGAAGUCAAGUCAGUCAUUGUCAAGAAUGAUCCAAAUCUAUGGUGUUCGUUUUCUGUCGUGUGAAAUGUCUGCUUUAUGGUUGUAAAUAUAUCAGAAAACAUGGGAUGAGAAGCAAAACAUCUUGAAUGUUGCAUUUGUUCUGAUGCUGAUGUUAACUCAGCCGUUUUGUACA